UCGGUGGAGUCGCACCUCACCAGACCUGUCCGCGACUCUUCCCAUCGCUGGACCUCCACCAGAGCUACCCACCCCCGCCGGCCGCCCCGCCGACUCUGCUCCGGCUGCCGCGGCCGUCGCCACCAAGCUCCUACCCGGACGCCGCUCCGAGCUCCUCCCCUCCAAACGCGCCGUACUAGCCCCUGCUCUUAUAACCGAGGCCUACAGCUGCCGCCGUGCCGUACCUUGGCGGCGUCACCGGCGACGCCUCAACCCCCCUUCCCCCCAUCCACCCAUCCACACGGUGCACCACGGCCUCUCAGGCGCGUUGCCGCUUUCACCGUUCCCGUUCUUCCUCGUCGGGGAACCGCGUUCCCGCUGCGGCGCUGCCCCCACCCCGUCCGCAGUUUUCAUCCAUUUCGUCUAGAGGAGAUCGGCAGAUGGCUAGUAGCUCCAAUGGCCAUUGUCCAGCCAAUGGUGCAAAAGUUUUGCCUGGAAGGGGGAAGAAGAAUCAGGAGAAAUUACAGCUUGACAAAAAUGCAGCUUCUAGGGCCUGUCAGAAGGACAGGCAAUACAUUGAGAAAUUGGAAACUGAGCUGAGCAACUGCUAUCAGGAAAUUGACUAUUUGCAGGAUCAGUUAAAUAUCAGGAAUGUUGAAGCAAACAUCAUGGGAGAGCAUAUUCACGGCCUUGAACUGAAGCUAACUGAACUUGAGAAAUUUCCUGAAAGAGUGAGAGUUAUGGACAAUGAUCUGAUGCGGUCUGAUUCUCAGUGCUGGCUUCUGAUGGAAGAAGUCCAAUGUAAAGAAGAGGAGCUGCAAAAGGCAGCCUUGCAAAUAGAGAAGCUUGAAAGUGUAACUUUAGAUAUGCAAUGUGAAAUUGAGAGUUUAAAACUUGAUUUGACUACGCUUGAGCAAAGACUGUUUGAUGCUGAGAGCUUUAACCAGCAUACUGCUGAGUACAAAGUUAGAAUAGAGAAGCAACUGGAAGAACAUGAGCUCCAGCUGCAAGAGGCAUGGAAGACUAUUGAUCAUCUCGAGGUUGAGAAUAAACAACUGAAAAGAGUACUUGCCUGGAAGAGCUCCUAAACAAUCCUCUUCUACAGGCGUGGACAGUGGCGGAGGCAGGGGGUGGCCAGCAGGGGCCAAGGCCCUCCCCAUGAUCACACUUCCCUUUGUAUUAUGCAUGUUGACAGUGAAUAUUUUUUAAUUUUCCUUUAAGCCGGCCCUCCCUAACAUCAAAUUAUAGGCAAUCCUGCCUCCGCCACUGGGCGUGGAGCAACUUGAUAAAACAGUGGAGCAUGAUGGUCAUGCAAACUAUGAAAGAGGUCAUGAAAUUCUUGAGAAGUUGGGGAAGCAAAAUGAAGAAUCUGAACUUAUAAUUGAGCAGCUCAAGGUAGAACUUCGAGAACAAAAACUGAAAGCAAAGGAGGACGCAGAAGAUCUCACUCAAGAAAUGGCUGAAUUGAGGUACCAGAUAACUGGCAUGCUUGAGGAAGAAUACAAGCGCCGGUCUUGCAUUGAGCAAGCGGCUAUUCAACAAAUUCAGCAGCUGGAGGCUCAGGUCUCCAAAGAGCAAAGAAAAUUGGGCGGAGUGCUAAGACGACUGCAGGAAUCGCAUGAGCUAGCUGACACACAAGCUACGGAGAUUAAGAAACUGAAGGAUGCUUUAGGGAGAUUGAACUCUGCAAUGAACCUCGGGAGGGUUUGCAAAUCUUGCUCUUGCAGUUUCUGUCCAAUGCUGGUAGAGUUGUCUAAUUGCUCGAUUGAAGGGUCGCUUGACCUCAGAUCUUCCGAUGCUAGCAACGUUGACGAAACACCACCGGAGAACCAAGCGCUAGUAGAGUGGCAUCCUGAUGAAGCUUCAGAUGGUGCCACGGUAAAUAAUGUAGGAUGCUAGAUGCAUAUGCACUCAUGUGUGCAGUUGCUGUAUAUAAUUCUUUGUGCCACUGUUGUUUGUAGAGGCAUCUGUAACCUUAGUGAGCUGUUUUACUUACAGAUUACCACUUGGAGUUAAGCUCCAACGGCAGCGCGAAUGUAACUUGUAAAAACUUCAUAUUUAUCGUGUGAGAUUCAGCCUCA